UCUGAAAGGAAGGUAGAGGAGUCCGCCGUCGCGCAAGUUGCGCGGCGGUUAGAAGAAGACGCUUGCGAGAUCCUGUCCCGCAGAAGAAGGGAGGCAGCGCUGCGGCUGGUGCCCGGAGGAAAGGCACAGGUCUUCCUUCAAGAAACAUAUUACCUUCGUUUUGCUUGACGGAGGCGACUGACAUCAACAGGAGAGAGAAUGAAGGCAUCGACUAAAAUGGCGACUGGAACUACCUUGCGCCGGAAACAAUCCCGCUCCAGGAGCGAGAACUCUGACUACACGGAGAAGGAGAAAGAGAUGAUGGCCGAGAUAGAGCUGAGGAAGCUGCAGCAACAGUUCCGGAUCAUGGUGGAGAAUCGGAAGUCUUUUGGCAUCAAGACUCAACGGCAGUUGUUCCAGCAGGAGAGGCAAAUCCACGCCUUGAAACAAGAGCACGGCGAGAUCGAUUUACUUUUGAGCCUCACCAAGUCGCCUCGGAACCUUUUCAUCGACGACCGCAACUGCAUGGAGCUUAAAUUCCUUUUGCAGACCAAGGACGAAUACGACGCCCUCAUCAGAGCCACCAAGGCCUUGAUCUCAGAACUGGAUGACAAGAUCAUAGAACUGGAGAACAAGAUUAAGAAACAGAAAAUGCUUGUCAUCAAAAUGAGGCAGGAGUAUGAUGGCAGGUGGUUGCAGAAGCAGAUCCAGCUCUUGGACAACCGACUCCACCACCUCACGGUUUAUUUUGACACCAUCCUGAUCACCAAUGCCAAACUCCGCGAGGAGAUAGAAAACCUCCAGUGCCGGAAGUCUGUCUUCGAUACCAUCUACUCCCGGCUUCACAAAGAGCUAGAGCAGCAGAGGAAGACAAUGGACUUGUCUAUUGAGCAAUCGACGCAAGCCUAUGAGCAAAGGGUGGAGGCUCUUGCCAGGAUCUCUGCAAUGAAGGAGCGGCGCUGCAAGGACAUCGCGCAGUUCAACAUUGAGUUUCGGGAGCUGGAGCGGAUCUACAACCAUGAGACCAAGCUGAAGGCUUUCAUGCUCAUCAAGUCGGUUGACCGCUCAGAAUUUGAGGAGCAGGCCAAAAAGGAAGAAGCUCUCAAGGCCAAGAAGCGAGCCAAGACCAAGGGGGAGAGCUUUGAGAGUUACGAGGUUGCCUACAUGCGACUGCUGAAGCUGACGGAAAACGGGGACAUUGACCUGCUGGUGGAGGAUUUCAUUGAGAAGGAGGAGAAGAACUUUGCCUACUUCAGCUACGUCACCGAACUGAACAAUGACAAUGAGAGGCUGCAGAAGAGGAUCGAAGACGUCCAGAAUGAAAUCAGCAAGCUGAAAUCCGAGCACAAGAAGGAGGAAGACAUCGCUCACGGCAACUUGAAAGAACUGGAGGAUAAGCUGCAGAAGACCACGGAAGCUGCCAACCUGUAUGAGUACAAGCUGAAAGAGAACAGAAAGAUCCUGGACCAGCUGAAGCAGGCGGUGGACUUCCUGUUCAAGAAAACUGGCUGCGAUGCCACCAAGAUCGGGGAGCACCUGGGCGAGACGGGGGAGAUCACAGAUCAGAACCUGAUGCAGUAUUUCAGCAUCCUGGAGAAGAAAAGCAACGACCUCUUGCUGAUCGAAUCUUUCCUGCGUUACAAGGAGCUGGAGGGGGAGCUGGAUUCGGUCCCCAUGCUGAACCCCUUUUUGGGCGGCUCUGCCUUCCUGAAGAAACUGGAGACCAUUAAGAUUGCGCCACCUUCUUUCAGCGUCGAUCCCUUCGCAGAGACGCUGGAGCCCUUGGAGGGUCCUCUGGACCACAGCACCCUGCGGGCCAUGAUCCUGGAGAACCUGGAGAGGGAGAAGAUGAAAUCGCUUAAAAACUCGGUGGAGAGAAUGGAGGCCAGCCGAGAAAAGAAGAAGUAUUCCACCAUACCCUAAGAGGAGGCAGGCAAGCACCCCGGCCAGGAAGCCCAGGGAUUCUCAGCCCAGUUCAUAGACUAUGUAUGUGCGUAUAUAUAUAUAUAUUUAUAUUUUAAAAAAUACAAAAUGGGAUGGAGUACCAAAAUGGGCUCUCUUUUGUAAACAUAAAAGGUUAUUAAUAAAGGACACAAUUUGA